AUGACUGCAAUUGGUGUGCCGAUAAAAAUUUUACAUGAAGCUGAAGGUCAUACCGUCACAUUGGAAACAACAAUUGGUGAAACAUUUCGAGGCGUUUUAAUUGAGGCUGAGGACAAUAUGAACUGCCAGAUGAGGGAUGUGAAAGUUACUCACAGAAAUGGACAAACUCAGGACUUGGCUAAUGUUUUCAUUCGUGGUUCCAAAAUCAGAUUCAUGAUUUUGCCCGAUAUGCUUAAAAAUGCUCCUAUGUUUAAGAACAUUGGGCGUGCCCAGAAAGGUGCGGUUGGUAUGGGAUUGGGAGAUAAUCGUGAUGGACGAGGUCUUCGAGGAGGUCGAGGAACUGCAUUUCGCGGUCGCGCAGCAAGCAGAGGUGGUCCUGUUCGGCCGGCCACAAAUCGCGGAGGUUUUCGUGCGUAA